UUGACAGGAAGUCGUUCCCGGUUCUGCUCCUGACAGACCAAACUCAGGGCGAAUCAUCCGCGGGUUAUCAAACUUCCUGGUUGGAAAUUUGUGCGUUUGAGUUUGUUUUUCUGCCGCAUAGAUUUCUGAAUGAGAACCACAAGAAAACAACAAACAGAGUGACUUAUAUUUAGAGUUAAUGAACUAGUUAGAAAGUUAGAUUAUUAACUAAACGGAGACCAGGAACCAGGAAGAAGCCAUUGUGAGGACACCAGUGAGCCUAGCCGGGAUUUAAGCUAACCAGCACAGCAGGCGGGGCGGACGGGGUUCGAUUCCCUAAAGGCUUCAAGAAACGUGAGGUCUUCUGGACUCCUGACAACAAAGCCAAGGGGGCGAGAGCAUGCAGACGCAGCCGCAGACGCAGUAGGAGGAUGAGUCCGGCGCAGCGCACCAGGGACAUCGAGAGGCAAGCUGGCUACCUGAAGCCUGAGCACUGCGUCCCGCCCCCACCCCGCAGCGGCGCCGGGACCAUGUGGUUCAUCCGUGACGGCUGCGGCAUCACCUGCGCCGUCAUCACCUGGUUCCUGGUCCUCUACGCCGAGUUCGUGGUCAUGUUCGUCAUGCUGCUGCCGGCCAGGAGCGCGGCGUACAGCCUCUUCAACGGCGUGCUGUUCAGCGGCCUCGCCUUCCUGGCGCUGGCGUCGCACGCCAAAGCCAUGUGCACCGACCCGGGCGCCGUCCCCAAAGGGAACGCCACCAAGGAGUUCAUAGAAAGCCUGCAGCUCAAGCCGGGACAGGUGGUCUACAAAUGCCCCAAAUGCUGCAGCAUCAAGCCCGACCGCGCCCACCACUGCAGUGUCUGCAAACGCUGCAUCAAGAAGAUGGACCACCACUGUCCCUGGGUCAACAACUGUGUGGGGGAGAACAACCAGAAGUUCUUUGUUCUGUUCACUAUGUACAUCGCUCUCAUCUCCUUCCACGCGUUACUCAUGGCGGCUCUCCACUUCGUCUUCUGCUUCGAAGAAGACUGGAAGAAGUGCAGCAGCUUCUCUCCACCAGCGACGGUCGUCCUCCUCAUCCUCCUCUGCUUCGAGGGCCUCCUCUUCCUCAUCUUCACGGCCGUCAUGUUUGGAACCCAGGUCCACUCCAUAUGUUCUGAUGAAACGGGCAUCGAACAGCUGAAGAAGGAGGAGAGACGCUGGGCCAAGAGGUCCAAGUGGAUGAACAUGAAGGUGGUGUUCGGACACCCCUUCUCUAUAGCCUGGCUCAGCCCCUUCGCUUCGCCCGACCACGGCAAGGCGGACCUGUACCAGUACAUCGUGUGAAAGGGGGCGGAGCUCUGCUGCUGGUCUCUCCUGGUGCUGAUUGGACGGAGCUGCUGGAGUCUUCAUUUUUAUGACAUUUGGAGGCGAGGAGCUGAAAGCGUCCGUUUCUCCUGAUUCUCCUCCUUUUGCUGUUCAAGUGUCUUUCUGAAUGUUGCCUUAGAACAGUCAGAAUUUGUGUUUUUUAUUUAGAAAUAAUUGUAUUUAUUUGCCUUAAUGUGACACUAUUUUUCUACAUUUGUUUGUCGUUCUGGAAACGGGAAGAGAUUCAAACUUUAGAGUGUCGAAGCCAAACCAACCUUCAGUAAUUACACUAUAAACUAAAACGAUGAUUCAGAUUUUAGGAAAAACAGUUAAAAAUGUUCUAUUGUUUUAUCAGAAAACGUCAGUGUUUGUGGUGAAUUUUGAGGGUUUUUUAUUCAAAUAGACAAAAAAGUGACUUUCAAAUUAAAAUGAUUGAUAAUGAAUUUAUCUUGAGAAGUUAAACUUGGGUUUUAGGAACCAUCAGGAGGUCAUUCUGCCUUUUAAAUGAUCACCAGCUCCGGUGAAGAUGCUGAGAUCAAAGCAAUAUGUUAUGUGGAAGUUCUUAACUGAGGGGGCGGAGUCACGAUGGAUCCGGAAAAACCCUUCAGGGCUGGACUGAAGUGAAGGAGAAGCUUGAAGAACCUAAAUGAGCCUUUUCCCCGUUUGGGUUCAAAAAGCCUUACAGUGGAUUCUGGCGUCAUGUGACGCGUUUGCGGCCAAACCGGCGAAUGAGCGCCGUGAUGACGGAGGAGGACGAGUAGGAGGACGAGGAGGUGUCGGGUUUACACAAACACCACCAGCUUUGUGUUUUUCUCCAACUGAAACUUUUUUUUCUCCUUUCUGUCUGUUUUAAAAGAAAAAAAACAAAUAAAAGAUUUUGAAUAUU